UUCAAAUGCUUCUGUGCGUGGGUGUUUCCACUGAAUCCUAUGGUAAGGGUGCUGGACGUAAUGACCGGUGGUCAGUUAUACCGAUACGGUCGUUACAAACAGUAGUAACAUGGGUUGUGCCAGUAGCAGUCCACUUGUGGAAAGUGGAAAAAACUUUGUGGAUACUGCCAAAGAUCAGGCAGGUGAAGUGGUGUCGAAGGGUGAAAAAACAAUACACGAUGUGGGAGACAAAAUAUCUACAGAAAUGGACCAUGUUAAAGGUGCAAUGAAAUCAGCUUUAAAUACUGCAGAAAAUAGCAUAGGUUCAGUUAUGGGCAAAGCAAGCAACAACGUGAAUUCUACUACGUCUGAUUUGAAAGAGGCUGUGAACAAUAUGGAAGAGGAAGCAGAAGAAGUAGCAAAUGCAGUAUCAGAUUCUGCGACAGAAGCAAUUUCUGAAGCUGAAACGGUAUUAGCAUCUGAAGCCGAAAGUACAAAAGAAAUGCUGUCAUCUAAAACAUCGGAAGUUUUCGAAAAAAUAGAUUCGACUAAAAAAGAAAUGGAGGAAAAGGCUAAAGAAAUGGGUGAAAAUGUAGAAAAUGCUCUAGAAAUAGAGGACAUGGAGCAACAUUUUGACGUGUUGGGGGACAGUGUGAACAGUGUAGAAAAAAAAGUCGAAGAAAUUGUAACAAAACUCCCUACUCCGGCAACAUCACCGGUUAAGGAGCCACAGAAGGAGGAGCCGCCUCCGACAUUCUGGGAAGCUGCAGCAGACGCUAUACUAGAACAAACAUCAUUUAGUGCAUCAGUGGAUAAACAGGAGAGUGAAAUAGACAACGAAAUCUCUUCUACAGAUAAUGUGAUAGAAUUUAACGAAGAAGGCAGUCCUGAUACAGGUGAAGACAACGUAGCGAAAACGAAUAAUAAUGAAUUCUUACACAACGAUGCCAUUACGAAAGCAAAUGAGAAAGGUUGUUGAUUUUUUAAGAUGGAAAUGACUGCAAAAAUCAAUAUUUUUUUAAAGAAUUUUUGACAAAUGAAUAACUAAAUUAUAAUUAUUAGCAGUUUACUAAAAGUAUAAAAACAAAUAUAUAAAAACCUUGGAAAAGCUUAUUAGAUAAAAUUUAUUUAUCUCUGACUUUUUGGUCAUAUGUCGAUAUUGAUAUAUUUUAAUGUCCUUUACAAACAUUUGCGAACUUAGCUGUUCCGAAUAUCCAUGGUGGUUAAAAAAAAAUCAAGUGCGAUUAGUUGGCUUGUUACACAUUAUAUCAGAACAUGUACAAGAGUCGUAAUAAAGUUAAUGUGUAGUCUAGCAGCGUUGAAUAAUACUAAAGAUUUUAUAAUGUUAGUUGUGGUUACCCUACUGAUAACAUUAGCAAUGUUAAUUAGGUAUAAUUUCAUUUACUGAUGUUCUUUUAUAAAGGUUUCAAUUUUUAAAUCGUUACUUGAGUCAUCGGGCAAUGACUCAAGGGAUUUUUCUGACUUACAUUACAAACAUUUUCAGCAACAUAUUGCAUACACUUUUAUCAACGCUUUAUCUAUAUACAUUUUACUAUGUAUUAAAGUUUUCCAAAACCGUUAAAUUAUUUUACAUAAAAUUAUUCUUUCUCCUUUUUAUUGAACUAACAAAAUAGUUAUUG